UGUAUUUUUGUACAACCGAUAUUUUAUACAUCGGUUAUAACUGAUACAAACUCAUAAAGAUUUUCGAUAAAAAUGGAAGCUCGGAUUUAGAGAAUUUAGAUAGUAGAAUCGGCACUUCAAAAGUAACUAGGUUUGCGAAAGGACGCGAAAUGGACGAGGAUGAAUUCCGACGCCUUCUCGAUCUCUUCCCAAUCGUCCGAUCUCGCGACUACCAUGCUGAAUUAGAGCAAUCUAAAGAAUCAACUUCUAAGUCAGCCCAGUACGAAGAGGUGAAAGAAUGGCAGGAUGCAUGGGAUGAGGGAGAUAAAAAAGAAGUGGAGCAGCAAGGACUUGACCAACAUGGUGCAUUUUGGGAGAAGCUAAAGUUGGUUGCUGAGAGAAAGGUAUGCCCAACUUUGCCUUUGAUUUUCAUUGGAUAUGUGGGGAUGGUAUUUUACAUAUUAUGAAUAUCCAACACGAUCUAAUGUACAAAAAUUUGGAGCGUUGCAUCAUAUUUUGACGCAAUAGGAUUCUGGACAAUUCAAAACAAGAAGAGAUGAACAUAUUAAUGCGUUUGUAAGCUUACAAUGCAUGUGUUUAUGUUGUAGUGAUUUUUGUUUGCAUAUAAUGAUGUUAGAUAAAACAUAACUAUGAAAAAUAUAAUUGUUCCAUUUUAACCCUUUGUUUCAUUCUGAGUCCAAUCCUUGAUAAAAAUUAAUAA